UCAUGAGCACAAACAAGCAGAACACCACAUACAGGAGACUGUAAAGAAGAAGAAGCUCACGUUAGCUCGGUUACAUGCUUUAGUUCACACGAAUGUACUGCGCUAAAGAGCCCUCUCUCGUGGAGUCCGUCAACACGAGUGUAAAUAGAUCAACACGUUGCUCGACUAUGGUUUAUUUAAGUCGUAGUUGUGUGCGGUUUGUUGACAGUGUGACGCCGUUAACGUCGAUUAGCAUACGGAUGCUACCGUUAAACUAAGGAGUCCCAUCAGCAUCAGCUAGCUGGCUGCUAGGUGACCAUCUGCAGCGACAUGAAGGUGAUCCGUGUCAGUCAUUAGCUCAUCGUUAGUGCCUUUUAACGGGUAUAAUUAAAUUAAUAUAUCUGUGUAUUGCUCAAUACCUGAAAUACCCACAACAACAAGUGGGUGUGUAGCGAUGGUGCACAGUGGAAACAACCUGGGUUAGCAUCUCCCAAGAGUCUUUUCCUCACACGGAUCUCAGACUGAGGUCAAGCUUUAAUUUUGAAAUUCUCCAUCAGAAUGUCCUGAUACUGUCUGAGUGAUACUCUGAGGUGGUCUACUAUUAUUCUGAAGUGAAAUUAAUCUGUGAUAGUGAACAGUUUCCUUACAUCAAUUCUAUCUAUCUACUGUAAUUUAGAAGUCAGAUCAGUCUUUGGAAAUGUAUUCUUUAAUAUUAAGUUUGUCUAAGUAUCUACACAAUUGGAAUAAUAUUUUUCUCUGAACUACAUUUUGGAGGCGGUUUGUUUUUCUUUUAAAUUAUCAUUAAUUUAAUUUAGUAUUUCAUAUGUAUUCAUUUUAUAUGUUUAAUUAUUCAUUCAUUAAUUUAUUUAUCAUCGACAGACUGACUGACCUCUUGAAUGAAUCUGAAUGGCCCAUCACGUUCAUCAGAACCUUGCUUUUAUUUUGAUGUCCUAUACUCUCUUACCGUCCUACACGCUGAAGUCAGUUCCUACACGCUCUUACCGUAAUGCCUAGGAUACUGGCUUGACUGUGUUUUUCGAAGUGGAGGCUGGUUUGACCGCAGUGAACUCCCAUUAUAAGACAAGGGACCCUGGACAGUCUCAUCAUGUCGGACCUGGACACGCUCAUUGUGACUUUCCAGACCCAGCUCUCGGAUGUGAUGGAGACCGUGGUGAAGACGGCCAUGUAUGAGGUCACCAGGUUGGUGGAGGACGGCUUCUUGGAGGAGAUGCAGCGCAGGAACCAGGAGGUGGAGACACUGAGGAUGCAGCUGCAGUGGGCUGAGAGGAAAUUAAGUAACCAAGGGGGUAAAGAAGAAGGAGGAAGGCAAAUUGGGAGGUGUGUCGACUGUGCCAAGGAUGGUGUGGAGCUGUCCAGUGACGCUGCAGAAGAAGAAAGGUCCAAAGAACAGCAGGAUGACAUUUUGGGGUGCUGUGGCGUGAAAGAAGAGGGCGACUCUCUGGAAAGGUGGACAAUAAGCCUCGCACAGGAAGUCACACCAGAGUCAUCACAGGCAGCAGACAAUCCUACAUCCACUCUCAGCCCUGAGGGGAAGUCACAGACAGCAGCAGAAGAAGAAGAUGUGUUGCCAGCUGUGGAUGUGAAGGAAGAAGAAGCGAAUAAGCCGUCUUGUUCUUCCGUGCAUUGGAGUGGUCCUCUUGAUGGUGAAACAGGACCUGAAUCCUGCAGCGCUACUGAGAUGACUGAGACACAUCUGAAACCGACUCCAGAGAACGAUGAGGAAUUAUUGAGGGAUGUUAUUAAGCAAGACCCUCAGAUCUCUGCCGCAUAUGUCUUUACCGAAGACCAGGAGGAAAUGCACAUGGCCACAGAUCCGUCUUUAGAGGUGGACAGCGGUUGGGCUGGCCUGACUGUCACAAUAGCUGGAAUGCUGCAGAAUCACAGACUUGAAACAGAGAGUGAUCCAGACAAAACUAGAGGUCUUUUAAAGCAAACAGAACAUGAGCUGUCCAACUCUGUCACAACAGACGUUGAUGUUCCGGUUACUCCGGGAAGAGGUCAGAUUUCAGCCUCGGCGUCCCCUGACGCAAGACUGCAGAACAGCGAUGGGUUGGGUGUGACCGUCAAGCAGGAGGUUAUUGUCGAUUCUGACGGCUGCAUGGAAAGCAAGCCUAAAGAAAAGAAAAUGACAAAGUCCGGGAUGGGGUCUUUCUCACGUUCAGUAAGACAGCACAGAUUGAGUUCAGAAGCACUCAAGCAGAACCACAUUUCCCACAAAGCCACCGUGCAGGAGGUGAUGAAGCUGCAUUCUAAAGCGGGUUCAGGUCACAGACUGCAAGCUGCCAUACAGCACCUCCACAGACCGAUGAAAAAGCCCCCUCACACACAGUCAAACAGUACCGCCGCAGCACCAUCCACAAUCCACGCUCACGUCGUAAAUUUAAAUCCCCUCAACAGAACUCCCUCCACGUCUAAAGCCGCUCCUCCUCCUCCGCCGCUCUCAGUCCAGCGAGGUCACCUGGGCGACAAACAAGCCGCAGCACAUAACCGAACCGGAGCCCCGUGGGUCAGCGUCAAAACGCACCAGUGCGCAAACUCCCAUCUCAGCAACCCCGUGCCCCAUCCAGACUCUCACCUCCACGCCGGUCCCAGGCACCUCCUGCGCUGCGGCCAGUGCGGGAAGUGCUUUCCCCACCCCAGCAACCUCAAGGCCCACCUGCAGACUCACACAGGGGAGCGGCCUUUCUGCUGCUCCCUCUGCGGCCGCAGCUUCACCAAGCUGAGCAACCUCAAGGCCCACCGGCGGGUCCACACCGGAGAGAGACCCUACUGCUGCUUGGCUUGCGGCAAACGCUUCACCCAGAAAUGCAACCUGAAGCGCCACCAGAGGAUCCAUCUGGAUGUAUGAUGACGGACAGCCCAGUGAUAUAAAAGACAAAGUUUGG